CGCUUUUCGUUGGGCCGAUUCCCGCCCGCUUCCUUCUCCCCGUCGAAGCUCCAGAGAUGAGUUUUUCCAUCUCUUCAGAGAUGAACCAGAUUAUGAUGCAUGAUUAUCACAGAAGAAAUUCGUGUCUAUAGCUUUUAAGGACUUGAUUACAUCAUUUUCAAGCCUGAUAGUUUUGGGAUCACCUCUGCCUUCACUUCAACCACCUGUCUUCAUACCUCAACGAAGUGCUGAGUUUUAACACUCCUUUGUCCUUGGAUUAUUUAAGACGUCCCAGAAAUAUAUUUCUCACCAGUAUAGUAGCCAAAUUUAUAAGGAAAAAUGAUUCCCAACGGAUAUUUAAUGUUUGAAGACGAAAAUUUCAUUGAGUCCUCUGUUGCCAAAUUAAACGCCCUGAGAAAAAGUGGCCAGUUCUGUGAUGUUCGACUUCAGGUCUGUGGCCACGAGAUGUUGGCACACAGAGCAGUCCUGGCUUGCUGCAGUCCCUAUUUAUUUGAAAUCUUUAAUAGUGAUAGUGAUCCUCAUGGAGUUUCUCAUGUUAAAUUUGAUGAUCUCAAUCCAGAAGCUGUUGAAGUCUUGUUGAAUUAUGCAUACACUGCUCAGUUGAAAGCCGAUAAGGAAUUAGUAAAAGAUGUUUAUUCUGCAGCAAAAAAGCUGAAAAUGGACCGAGUAAAGCAGGUUUGUGGUGAUUAUUUACUAUCUAGAAUGGAUGUGACCAGCUGCAUCUCUUACCGAAAUUUUGCAAGUUGUAUGGGAGACUCCCGUUUGUUGAAUAAGGUUGAUGCUUAUAUUCAGGAGCAUUUGUUACAAAUUUCAGAAGAGGAAGAGUUUCUUAAACUUCCACGGCUAAAGUUGGAGGUAAUGCUUGAAGAUAAUGUUUGCUUGCCCAGCAAUGGCAAAUUGUAUACAAAGGUAAUCAACUGGGUGCAGCGUAGCAUCUGGGAGAAUGGAGACAGUCUGGAAGAGCUGAUGGAAGAGGUUCAAACCUUGUACUACUCAGCUGAUCACAAGCUGCUUGAUGGGAACCUACUAGAUGGACAGGCUGAGGUGUUUGGCAGUGAUGAUGACCACAUUCAGUUUGUGCAGAAAAAGCCACCACGUGAGAAUGGCCAUAAGCAGAUAAGUAGCAGUUCCACUGGAUGUCUCUCUUCUCCAAAUGCUACAGUACAAAGCCCUAAGCAUGAGUGGAAAAUCGUUGCUUCGGAAAAGACUUCAAAUAACACUUACUUGUGCCUGGCUGUGCUGGAUGGUGUAUUCUGUGUAAUUUUUCUUCAUGGGCGAAACAGCCCACAGAGCUCACCAACAAGUACUCCAAAACUAAUUAAAAGUUUAAGCUUUGAGAUGCAACCAGAUGAGCUAAUAGAAAAGCCCAUGUCUCCUAUGCAGUACGCACGGUCUGGUCUGGGGACAGCAGAGAUGAAUGGCAAACUCAUAGCUGCAGGUGGCUAUAACAGAGAGGAAUGUCUUCGCACGGUUGAAUGCUAUGAUCCACAUACAGAUCAUUGGUCCUUUCUUGCUCCCAUGAGAACACCAAGAGCCCGAUUUCAAAUGGCUGUACUCAUGGGCCAGCUCUAUGUGGUAGGUGGAUCGAAUGGCCACUCAGAUGACCUGAGUUGUGGAGAAAUGUAUGAUCCAAACAUAGAUGACUGGACUCCUGUUCCAGAAUUGAGAACUAACCGUUGUAAUGCAGGAGUGUGUGCUCUGAAUGGGAAAUUAUACAUCGUUGGUGGCUCUGAUCCAUAUGGUCAAAAAGGACUGAAAAAUUGUGAUGUAUUUGAUCCCAUAACAAAGUCGUGGACAAGCUGUGCUCCUCUUAACAUACGUAGGCACCAGUCUGCAGUCUGUGAGCUUGGUGGUUAUUUGUAUAUAAUUGGAGGUGCAGAGUCUUGGAAUUGUCUGAACACAGUAGAACGUUACAAUGCUGAAAAUAACACCUGGACUUUGAUUGCCCCCAUGAAUGUGGCUAGGCGAGGAGCUGGAGUAGCUGUUCUUGAUGGAAAACUGUUUGUUGGUGGUGGCUUUGAUGGUUCUCAUGCCAUCAGUUGUGUGGAGAUGUAUGAUCCAACUAGAAAUGAAUGGAAGAUGAUGGGAAACAUGACUUCACCAAGGAGCAAUGCUGGGAUUGCAACUGUAGGAAACACCAUUUAUGCAGUGGGAGGAUUUGAUGGCAAUGAAUUUCUGAAUACGGUGGAAGUCUAUAACCUUGAGUCAAAUGAGUGGAGCCCCUAUACAAAGAUUUUCCAGUUUUAACAAACUUAAGACCCUUUCAAACUAACAGGCUUAGUGAUGUAAUUGUGUUUAGUAGAGGUACACUUGUGAAUAAGGAGGGUGGGUGGGUAUAGAUGUUGCUAACAGCAACACAAAGCUUUUGCAUAUUGCAUAUUAUUAAACAUGCUGUACAUACUUUUUGUGUUUAUUGGGAAAGGAAUGCAAAGAUGAAGGUCUGUUUUGUGUACUUUUAGGAUUACUUUGGUUAUUUUACUUUUUGGAAGUUGAUAUUGUGAAAGAAUAAACCAAGAAUUGAUUGGGCACAUCAUUUCAAGAAA